AUGUUCCUUUCAACACCACACAGAGGCUCGAUUCAUGCCCGUGCACUGAAUGGCCUCCUUUCCUUUGCGCUGGGAUUCUCUCAAAAAUCCUACGUGGCCCAACUCGAUACGGGCUCCGAAACCCUUGAUGACAUCAACGACCACUUCCGGACAAUUUGUGAGGGUUUACAUAUCAUUUCGCUCUACGAAACUCUUCCAGUCAGCUUUGGUGCCGGCAUCAAGAGAAUUAUUGUAGGUAAAGGCUCGGGGAUUCUUGGCUAUCCCACCGAAUUUUCAGCUCCGUUGAUCGCUGAUCAUCACUCAAUUUGCAAAUUCCCCAAUCGUCAAGAUGCCAACUAUAAGAUGGUUUUCGAAUUGGUGCGCAAGUUGAUAGAGCAAUUACAAUUGACACUUGCUGAUUCUUGUCUUGGUAUUGAUGGGGAGGUGAAUCAUAGUCGUCUUUUGGGGAUCAUAGACUUUUCAGAUGAUCAUUUUAGAGUGAAUCUUAAUGAAGGUGAGCCUGAGCUAUGUGACUGGUUUUUUGAUCGUGAAAGUUUCACCCAGUGGCUUGAAGAUGAAAAAAGAUGCAAGAUUCUUUGGAUCACUGGACUGCCGGGUUCGGGCAAAUCUGUCCUUGCAAGCAUGGCCAUUGAUUAUCUUCAGAAGAAAUACUCUGCGCAAAACUGCCAGUACUAUUUUUUCACUGCAUUUCAGCCAGAAAAUAACAAUCCUGCAUACUUUGCGCGUGCACUCCUUCUCCAGCUCAUGCUGUCUCACCCGAAAGUUGAGGAGGCAAUCAUGCAGUUGAAUAAUCAAACGGGGCUCGAUUUCAAAAGCGAAACAUUCGAACAUCUUUGGAACUUUGUGUUCUGCCGCCUUUUCACAAUCGAAUUUGAGGGACCUCUAUACUGGGUGAUCGACGGUAUCGAGGGGCAAGAAUUAUCAGUACCGUUGCUUGAUGUGUUCGCAAAGAUGCAGCCGGGUAAGGUUACAAUCAAAGUUUUGAUUUUCAGCAGGGUCAACGCGCCCCUUCGAAGUGGUUGCAACCCUGUUAUCAACGAUAGGAUCUCGGUAACCGAGACAGCAAAGAACAUCCGAACUUUUGUGCAGAAAAUGAUACCUCUCAGCACUGCAACCGAGCAAAUUGUGACAGGGGCGGAGGGCUCUUUCCUUUGGGCCGGGCUGGCUGUUGAGUUGCUGCUCGGUCGCGAGUCCCCCGAAGUUGGACUCACUGACAUGAUGCUGGAAUCUAUUUUCAGGGACAUGGUGCCGAAAUACAACUUUAUGCUGGCGCGUCUGAAAGCAAUGCCGAAAGAUUGCCAAGAUUUAGCAAUUCGAGUUCUAUCAUGGGCAACUCUUUCCGCUCGCCCAUUGAAAUUGGUGGAACUAGAAGAGGCGAUUGAAUAUGAACUUGAGGGGAGAGGACCCGUUAAAGAAAAUGCCACACGACUAGAAGAGGCGAUUGAAUAUGACCUUGAGGGGAGAGGACCCGUUAAAGAAAAUGUCACGGAAGUCUGCGGCCAUUUUAUCCGGAUCGAGAAAGGAAUCGUAAGCCUUGUUCAUAGCAAUGUGCGCGAGUAUCUGCUCACCCGCCCGUACGAACCUCAUCCAUUUCUGGAUUUCCAAGUAGCUCAUGAAUAUCAAGCUACGAUUUGUCUCCGCUACCUUUGCAAUGAUAAAUGGCAGGAUACCCCCUUUACUACUUCUUGGAACAGAGCCAAGAAAGAGGAAAAGCAAGUUUCGCUCGGCAAAUCGCAUCAUUUUCUCGAUUAUGCUUGGGUCAAUUGGGUAUUUCACGUCAGUAACUGCAAGAAAAACUCGCCUAAACUCUUACGUCUUCUUGAACGCUUUUUCAGCAAGUUUAUUUUAUCAUGGAUCGGUGCUGCCGCAUAUUCUUCCAACUUGCGAGUUGUGAUAGACGGUAUGAAAUCCCUUGAAGAUUAUGUCAAUAAAUCUCGCCUGGUUGUGCCGAUAAGGAAGACUUCAACCGCGGAGGAGUUUCCCGAAGAGGGCUUUCAUUUCCUUGAAAGAUGCAUCCACGAUGUGCGCAGACUCGUAGCCAAGUUUGGACCAAGUCUCGUCCGGCACCCAUUCAUAAUAGACACCCGCCUACGGCCGCUACUACCGCGCGGUUCCCCUCUCUAUAGUCCAAACAAACCGGGAAGUAUUUCGCUGACUGUUAAAGGGCGAAUCCAAGAGAGAUUCGAUGAAAGCUUUGCACAAUUAACCAUUGAAGAAGAGGAAUUCAUUUCCAGAGUUAUUUGCUUUGGCGAGUAUUUUCUUACGCUUUUGCCGCGUAAGGGAACGAUAAUCAUCUGGCAUGCGGAGACUUUCGACGAGUUCCAACGAUUCUCCCAUCAUGAGCCGGUCAAUUUAGUCAGUGUUGACGCUACAGGCGCUCUGGCGGUGUCAGCGGGAGACGUUACGAUUCGUAUUUGGGACAUUCUCACUGGCGCUCAGGUUUCGUGUUUUGCAAAGGAGCCUUUUGCAACUGUGGUAGAUCUCGGUUUCGAAGGCGAUGAAACGGUCUAUUUUAUAUACGAUUAUUGCGCAAUCUUGACAUACAACUUCCGCGAUAAGAGCGUUACGUCUAAUCAUAUUCUAAGAACCGGUAAAAAGGUGAAGAAUCAUGCCUCCCUAAAAGCGAUAGAAAUGAACGUGAGAACCAAAGAGAUUGCAGCUGCAUUCAACGACGGCACUAUCAUCGUCUGGGCCCCCCAAGAGGGAAUUUAUCGACAACGCUCUCUCCAUGUUCCCGGACAAGAGAGCAAGGAACAGAUUGAUGCUCCCGAAAUUCUGCGCUGGCGGCCCGGCUCAGAUGCAAUAUUAUUCUCAGACCUAGAGGAGUUGUACAUUCUUCACCUUGACACAACCAUCGUACGCUGGGGCCUGGGGAUGUGUUACAAUGUUCUGUAUCGGAACACAGGUGCGCGUGAGAUGGUGUUUAACACUGCCGGAACUCUCCUUUUAACUAGUGAUAGUUUUGGGACUUUGAACGUAUGGGCGAUGCCGGAUUUUGAACUCGUCUACAGAUUGCAGAGGGAGGAAUUUGUGAGAGACCUCGCUUUUAGUCCCGAUGACCAACGAAUUUACGGUGUCCGAGACUCCAAUUGCUUCGUUUGGUACCCCAACGAGCUUAUUCAAUUUUCGAAACGAGAUUCAGUGAAAGAGUUGAUGCCAUCCGGGUUUAACCGAGGCAUUGUUGACAUUACAUCUCCCAGGACUCGAGUCCCCCAUAUAACGUGUCUUGCUUGCGAUCGCUUCAAUAAAUUCUUUUGCUGCGGGAGAGACAAUGCUUCGGUCGAUGACAGUGCUAGAGUCAUAUUAAAGCGACUCGGGGUCAAGGAGGAUGGAAGCUGGGUAACGAAGACAGUUCUCAACAUUCGAAUUACAGAAAUGGCUGAACAGCUAACCUUUGAUCCCGACGAGGAUUAUCUUCUCGUGAGCACGGAGACCAAUGACCGAGUCUGGGAUCUCAAAUCAAAGAAAGAACGUUAUAGAGUCAAUCGAGGUUCGCGCUCGGUUACAAAAUGGGUCCAGCAUCCUAGCAACAAGAAGCAUCUUCUUCGGAUCGAUUCUGCUGGUCUGCAUAUUCAUGAAUGGCCAACCUUGCGGCAUCUCGUGACGAAAUCAACUCCAUUUACUGAAAGAUAUUCCUUUCAGGAGGGAGUUGAUAUUACAAAGGGCAGAAGCCGCAUUUCACGGUGGUUUAUAGAUGGCUUGGCUGAAGAUCAGCUGAGUCUGCAGUCGCUGACCGUGUCCAUUAAUAAGCUUUACAUUGUUUAUGAAUUGCCAGAUGAAUUGACCCGAGAAAUUAUGAAUUCAGACAAGCAAAAGCCGAGUUUCGGUGUUAUACACACGUCAGGACUCGGGAGCGCCGAAAAGGGGCCCUUUGCGCACCGACUUCUCACGGAUUCAACGGGCGUCGUCAAGCGGUUUCUUGGGUUCUUCUAUGACAGAAUCGUAUUUAUCGACCGUGACAAUUGGAUAUGCACUCGCACAAUCAACCAGACUCUCGAUGGUGUAUUCAUCGAGCGCUUCUUUUACAUUCCGAACGAUUGGAUCACCGCGUUUAAUUUGACAGUGCUCACUAUAAGUUCGCAUGGGACAUUGCUGAUACCCCUGAACGGAGAGUUAUAUUCAGCCAAUAAGCGCAACAUUGUCACUCGUUAUCCUGACGGCUUUGUUAUUCUGAACGAGCAGAAUAAUUAUACUACACUCUAUAAUGUUACAAUUGUCGGGAUAACUACACAACGUGUUUUCUUUAACUACAAUUUAAAGGGUGACCCAACCAUGAGUCCAGAAGGCCUUCAACAACAGGAUGCGCCUGAUUCAGCCCUUGCAGCAGAUUAUUCGGUGCGGGGAUUACGCUUACAAUUGUUUAUCUUGGGUAUGUUUUGGCAAAAAUUCUCUUCAGCGAGAUCGAAUCUCAAGUCGCAUGCCUUAGGGGUAUUUCGAGCCACGGAAGCCAUCGCAUGGACAAGCAUAUUCCCAUACGUCUACUUUAUGAUUGAAUCAUUUGCGGAGGUCAAACAGGCCGGUAUACCUGUCUACGCUGGUUUACUCAUCACCGUCUUUACAUUUUGUGAAUUUAUCAGUGGGAUAAUAUGGGCGAGGAUCAGUGAUCGAAUCGGAAGGAAAGCUACUUUGGUCAUUGGUACUUUCUGCGGUAUAUUCGCAACUGUGUCGUUUGGACUGUCGCGGUCGAUGACUGCGGCGGUGCUAUCACGGGCACUAGGAGGGCUGGCCAACCCCAAUGUGGGCGUUGUGCAAACAUGUAUCGGCGAAUUAGUUAGGGAAAGAAAGCAACAAGGUAUUUCCAUGCACGACUUCCCACUCUAA